GUUGUUUUGCACUUAAAACCCGAAAUGAAAGUAAAAGCAGAACCACAACAAGGCCCUUUAAACAUGGAACACCAACCUAAAAUGAGUAAUCUGUCUACGUAAUGUUCACUGUUUCAGUUCAGUUUGAGAAAAUGGUUUUUUCCAAUUCUUCUUCUUAAAAAUAAAUAAUAAAUUAAAUAGUAAAAAUUUGGCAUUGGAAAAUGGCUCUAACAUCACAGCCCCACCUGAGUCAGCACGUGCUCCAUCAUAGACAUUGUCAUGUGACUUUCUCUGUCUUUCUUUCUUCCUUCUCUCUCUCUCUCUCUCUGCUCUUUUUCCAUUGCUUCUUCUCUCACUCUGCUCUCUCUUGUGUUUUUGGCUCUUUUCAUUUUCCAUCUCUCUCUCUCUUCCGUGUUUCCGCCGCUGCAACAAGCAAAAAUAUCAGCAGUGACUGAGUCACUUGCAAUAUGGAGAACCAUUCAUGAAUCAUGAUUCUUCAACCAACCCUUUUUCUUUUUCUAUGUAGUAGUUUUACUAGUAACACAUAAAACCCUUUAAUCAUUUCACAAUCAUUCAUAAAAAACAACUCUUUCUAUAUGGGUUGCUUUCACUCCAAAACCGCUCAUCUUCACUCCCCUGAAGACCCUCCUACUGCUUUACCAGACUCAAAGAAACCCGAUCCAGGUGAUGAUGGAGGUGAUGGUGAUCAAGAAAUUCAGGUUCCAGCAUUUAAAGAGUAUGGUUUGAAUGAACUUAGAAGAGCUACACAUGAGUUCAGAACUGAUUACAUUGUUUCUGAGAGUGGUGAGAAAGCUCCUAAUGUGGUUUACAAAGGAAAACUUGAGAAUAAUCGAUUAGUCGCUGUUAAACGCUUCUCCAAACAGUCCUGGCCUGAUGCUCAACAGUUUCUGGCAGAGGCAGCUGGAGUUGGGAAAGUGAGGCACAAAAGAAUGGUGAAUCUAAUUGGUUGUUGUGCCGAAGGAGAUGAAAGGCUUUUGGUAGCUGAAUACAUGCCAAAUGAUACUUUGUCCAAACAUCUCUUUCAUUGGGACAAGCAACCGUUACCAUGGGAAAUGCGUGUUAGAGUUGCAUAUCAUGUCGCCCAGGCACUAGAUCAUUGUAGCAUGGAAAACCGAAAAAUAUAUCACGAUCUGAAUGCUUAUAGGAUUCUUUUUGAUGAGGAUGGUGAUCCCCGGUUAUCAAGUUUCGGGCUUAUGAAAAAUAGUCGAGAUGGGAAAAGCUACAGCACUAAUUUGGCCUAUACUCCACCCGAAUUCUUGCGAACAGGCAGGAUAGUCGCAGAGAGUGUGAUCUACAGUUACGGCACUGUCCUUCUGGAUCUUUUAAGCGGCAAGCAUAUUCCCCCAAGCCAUGCUUUGGACCUAAUUAGAGGGAAAAAUGCAUUGUUGUUGAUGGACUCAUCCCUAGAAGGGCAAUAUGCAAAUGAUGACGCUACAAAGUUGGUUGAGCUUGCAUCAAAAUGUCUUCAGUUUGAGGCCAGAGAACGACCUGAUAUUAAGUUUCUUCUCACUGCAGUUACACCUCUUCAAAAGCAGAAAGAGGUAGCAUCUCAUGUGUUAAUGGGCCUUACUAAAACCGCGGCAGUGCUACCACUACCAACCAUGCUUUCUCCUCUAGGAAAGGCUUGUGCAAGGAUGGAUCUUACUGCUAUUCAUGAUAUAUUGUUAAAAACGGGUUAUAAAGAUGAAGAAGGUGCAGAAAAUGAGCUUUCAUUUCAAGAGUGGACACAACAAGUGCAGGACAUCUUGAACACAAAAAAGUUUGGCGAUAUUGCAUUUAGAGACAAGGAUUUCAAAAAUGCAAUUGAGUAUUAUUCGAAGUUGGUGGUUAUGAUGUCUGUUCCAUCUGCAACCGUCUUUGCAAGGAGAGCCUUCUCCUACUUGAUGAACGAUCAGGCAGAACUUGCAUUAAGAGACGCAAUGCAGGCGCAGGUAUGCAUACCUGAUUGGCCAACUGCAUUCUACCUACAAGCUCUUGCUCUCUCAAAGCUGGGAAUGGAAACUGAUGCACAGGACAUGCUUAACGAUGGAGCAGCCUUUGAAGCAAAGAGGUCUAACAGCUGGCGCGGCUAAAAUUGUUAUUUGCAGUUCAUUGCUCACCAAACUAGCACAUUGGCAUCGGAAAAUAUAUGCUAUUUUUGCGUUAAGCUGUACUUGCUAGAAUAGGGAUAUGUAUGGGUGCUAGUUUAGGGUUGAAGAAAAAGAAUUAUCAUGGUGUAAAAUGUUCUCAAGGAAUAUUACAGUAUAAAUUUUGCCUCACAAAUUAGUCCUCUCCAGAAUGAAUUUUCUCCAUAUGAAAAUAAGUUCAUUUACGCCAUCA